AUGCAUAUAAACAACAAAGAAACGAGCAGCAAGCAUUAUCAUCUUUUCGAGCUGCCUAGAGUUUUGACACGAACUGAAGAUCUAAGAAAAAGAGAAAAGUCACUGUCAAUGAACAUGGCUUCUGGUAUUGCUGAGGGAACAUAUUUCAUAGAAAACGUCGAAACACAGCGUUACUUGUUCCAAGACGGCCCUGAAAUAAAAGGAAACCGAGGAGACGAAGGCGGUUGGGAAUCUUCCUCUGGCUUUGAGGCGCCUAGUGUUGUGGGAGCUGAUGCCAAUUACUACAACCGAGCCUAUUGGAAGAUUAUUCCACAAGGUAACGACAAAUACUUCAUAGAGAAUGUCGAAACAAAGAGGUAUUUGUUUUCAACUGGUGCAAAAAUUGAAGGCGAUCGCGGAAGCGAAGGAGGCUGGACUAAUGCACCUAAAAUUGUGGGAGCGGAUGCCAAUUACUACAACCGGGCCUACUGGAAAAUCAUCCCCCAAGGAGAUGACAAAUACUUCUUUGAAAACUUUGAGACGCUCAGAUACGUAUUUCAAGAUGGCCCCAAAAUAGAAGGAAACCGAGGAGAUGAAGGGGGAUGGACGUCUGCUCCCAAGACUCUGGGUUCUGAUGCCAAUUACUACAACCGCGCUUACUGGAAACUACUCAAGCAGUAG